AUGCGCUCGCCCGCCCUCGUCGCGGCGUGGGUGCUCCUCGCCGCCCCACUAGCGUUCGCCAACCCUCAAGAGCCGCCUCAGCCGACCCAGCUCGAGCGCCGUGCCCCCCUCGAGCCGUUCCAGCGCCCGAGGAGGCUCGGGUUCGCCGCCGCCGUCGUCGAGCGCUCGACCCCCCAGGGGGCCAGGCGGGCGCGUGGAUUCGGCCAGCAGGGGCACGAGGGUGCCCAGGUGGUCAAGCGGCAGUCGGUCGACCGCCUCAGCGAGGACAUCGACCUCGCCGAGCUCGCAGACGCCCUCCUCGCCAACGCGACCUCGUCCCUCAACGCGACCGACUCGUCGUCGACCUCGUCCGAGCCUGCCUCGACCUCGUCCCGCACUCGUUCGUCGACCGUCGUGGACGCGACCAGUACCGCGUCGCCCGUCUCGACCGAGGAGUCGCCGUCGACGGCCUCGAGCUCGUCGUUCGGCUCGUCCCCCGCCGCCGAGACGACGUCGGACGCGCCGAGUACCGCCGCAGCCGCCGACAGUGACACGACGAGCACGGUUCGCACCUCGGCCACCGACGAGCCGACCACAUCGUCCGCCGAGCCCUCGGCAUCGACCCCGAGUCGCCGCGAGGUCGUCUCGUCCAUUCGGGCGGCGCGCGCGUCCUCCGCUGCGGCCGCCGACGACGCGUUCUCGUCCGCCAUUGUCGAGUCGUCCACGGUCGAGCCGACGACCUCGAGUGCCGCUCCCGCGUCGAGCAGCAGCGCCUCGUCGUCGACCGGCGGCUUCCUCGGCAACCUCGUGUCGAGCCUCGUCGGCGGCUCGUCGUCCUCCGCCCCCAGCUCGACGUCCUCCUCCUCCUCGACUAUCGCCUCGUCCUCGCCUGCCCCCUCGUCGGCCGACGCGUCGACAUCGGCGAGCCCGGUCGCCGAGUCGAGCUCUGCCCCGGCGUCGUCGAGCUCGGUGCAGGCCUCCUCUGACGCCCCGGCCGACAGCGCCUCGUCGUCCGCGGCUGCCGACGUGUCGUCGAGUGCACAAAUCGAAGGACCCGCCUCGGGCGCAACCUCGAGCGCGCCCUCGAGCGUCACGGUCGCGCCCAUCGGCGCGACCACGUCGGCCGAGGCGAGCAGCGCGGCAGCCUCGUCCAGCACCGGGAGCUUCGGCGGCAUCCUGAGCCAGCUCGACGACAUUUUCGGCACGAAGAGCGCCGCCAACUCGACCGUCGCGCCCGCCACCACCGCCGCCGCCUCGAGCAUCGACGAGCCGAGCGCGAGCGUCACCUCGACCCGUCGGGCGUCGUCGUUGGCCACCGACGAGGCGACCGCGACGGCGUCGGCCACGAGCGUGUCGGUGCCCGUCAUCACGUCGGCGGCGCAGGCCUCGUCGACCAUCGAUGUGUCGGUCGCACCGUCGGCCUCGGCGUCGAGCGCGUCGGGCAUCCUCGGCAACCUCACCGCCGUCGUCCCCGUCCUCACGCCGUCCUCGACCGCCUCGACCGCCGACACGACCACGAUCCGCGCCCCGAUCGAGUCCGAGCCGGCCGCGGUCGGCAACUCGACUGCGACUGCGCGCCCGACGAGCUCGUCGGGCCCCGAGGUCGUCGUGCCGACGAGUCGCUUGAACGAGACGGCGUCCGUCCUGCCGACCUCGUCGCCGAUCGUCUCGACCCGCAUUCCUGUCGCGCCUGCGUCGUCCUCGGUCGUCGCCGAGCCCACCUACCUGGCCAACAACGCGACGAGCAGCCCGCCGGCGAGCCCUGUCCCGAGCUCGAGCGAGGUCGACUCGUCGUCGGCACCGUCUUUCUCGGCGGGUGCCGGCAACGCGACCGCCCCGGCGACGCGCUCGUCGGCCUCGACGCCGCUCAUGACGGCAUCGGCGACAUCGAGCCCCGCCGCUGCCGGCAACAGCACCGCCGUCGUGCCCAUCCCGGGCGCGUCGUCGAGCUCUGCCGCGCCGGUCGCCCCGCUCCCGUCGGGCAACGCGACAGUGUCGCAGAGCGCCGCCGUCCCCAUCGCGACGGGCAACUCGACGUCGUCGAGCGGUCCGCUGUCGUCGUUGAGCGCGGUCCCGACGGGCUCGUCGAACGCGACGUCGUCAGCCGCCGCCGCCGCCAGCUCGUCCUACUCGGCCUCGGCGUCGGGCUCUGCGUCGUCGUUGUCGUCGUCGUCGGUCUCGGCGAGCUCGUCGAGCAUCAACAGCGAGUACGAGUGGGUCCCGACCUCGACCCUCGUCAUCGCCCAGCCCUCGUCGUCGAGCUCGUCCCAGUCGGGUUCGGCCACCGACUCGUCGUCGGGCUCUUUCACGACCACCGCGCCCGACUCGAGUGCGCUCCAGCAGGGCGCGUCGACGUCGAUGGUGAGCGGCAAGCCGUCGGUUACGAUCACGUCGCAGGUCGCGUUCCCGAGCGACAUGCCGUCGCGCAUCGUACCCGGCGACGACAGCUCGUCGUCGUCGUCGUCGUCGUCGGGCGACGGCUCGUCGACCCAGGUGUCGCAGGCGGCGGCCGACACAGUGCCCGUCUCGACCAUCUCGAUCCUGCUCGACGACAGCAUGCCCUGGUCGUGGGUCGUCGAGAACUCGGACGCGUCGGGCCAGAUCUUCUACUACGUCCCGAUCGUCGUCACGCAGGCGCUCAACGUGUCGCUCAGCACGCUCGAGACGAUCGCGCUCCAGGCGUACCAGACGACCGACGCGACGGGCGCGAGCACGAUCCGCACCGUCUUCCUCGGGUCGCUCCCGACGAGCUACGUCGACGCGCUCAGCGCCAUGAUCCGGACCCCGUCGUCGCCGAUCUACACGCAGGACGGCCUCCCCGGCCAGCUCGCGCAAACGUUCGUGUCGUCGUUCGCCGUCACGUCGUUUGCGUCUGAGUCGGGCUCGGACGACGGCGACUCGGGCUCAGCCUCGUCGGCCGACGGCACGUCGACGAGGCGCACGUCCAAGGACGGUGGCAGCAGCGACAAGAGCAAGACGAUCAUCAUCGCCGUCGUCGUCACGGGCGGCGUCCUCCUCAUCGCCAUCGCCGGCUACCUCGCGUUCCGCGCCACCAAGUCGGGCGCGAUCGCCCUCUCGUCGAGCCCGCGCCUCGGCCGCAACGAGCGCGACCUGCCGCGCGACAUGGCCCAGGCGCCGGGCAGCGGCGCGAGCCCGACCGGCCUGCGCGGGUUCUACCUCAACCAGGGCACGUACCGCGGCCGCAGCGGCAGCAUCUCGACGACGUCGACGGCCUCGACGGGCGACUUCUCGUCGCCGUUCGGCUCGCCGCGAGCGGGCGCGCACCACGCCCCGGCGGGCUCGACCGACGACCGCCGCUCGUCGUGGUGGCGCUUCUCGGACUCGUCGUCUGGGCACGGUCACGGCGGAUCGCCGCCGAUCGGGCUCGCGCUCGGCGGCACCGACACGUACCGCGAGGGCCCGAGGCGCGUCCAGAUCCACCGUGGGCCAGACGGCGCCGUCGCACCGGGCUUGAUCGGCAGACCUGUCCAGCAGAGCAACUCGCUCAUGCUCGACUGAGCGUCGUCGUCGCCGCGCCCCUUUCCCCUUUCCUCGGGCCUCGCCCUCCUCCUCUCUUGCAUGCAGUACCCCUCUUGGCCCUCGCGCCGCCCUGGCUUCGUAUUCGGCCCCCCUUCUACCCUUAGCCACGGACGCUUGCCCCCGACCACCUGUCUCGACGAUACCCCUUCUCCCUCGCGGCCUUUCUUCGCCCUCCCGCCCUCUCCUCGUACCAGAUGCCCCUCACGCUCGUUCGCCUCGCCUCGCCUCUUCCUCGUCGUCGCCCCUUUGUCUCGUUCUUCCCCCUCCCUCGUCCACCUCGACUCGCGGGGCUGGACCUCGACGAGCGUCGCUCUCUCCCUCUCUCCUCGCCGUUCGACCCUUUUCUAGCUCUCCCUUUUCCGCGAGGUCGGGACUCGGCGGUACGCAAUGCACUGCUGGGCACAACU